AUGGCCCCUCCCUUCCGUACAGAACAAGUCGGCUCGCUGCUCAGGCCGGCUCCGCUGGUCGCCGCACGCACCGCCGCCAAUCCAGGAUCGCGGUAUCUCGAAGACUCACUCCCAGAAGAAGUGCGACGUCUCACAGAGGAGGCCGUGGCCGAAGUGGUGCAGCAGCAGCUGGCCCGGUCCAUCCGUCCCAUCACAUCCGGCGAAUACAGCCGUUCCAUCUUCUAUGCUGGGUUCUUCGAGAAGCUCCAUGGGUUUGCAGUGACCGACGUCCCUGUGCCCCAGGGCUUUCGCUCCUACCACCCAACCAUCGGCCUCAUGGAGAAACUGGGCGUCCCUACUCGGCCGGCGGCAGUGGCAGUCGGCCGGAUCGAGCAUCGCGAGAGCCCGUACCUGGGAGAAUGGCUGCAGCUGCGAAAGUUCGUCCCCGGGAGUCUCUGGAAGGAAUGCAAGUUCACGAUGCCCCCAAUCACUUGGGAUCAUAUGCAUCUGGCGGUCGGUGCAGCCUAUACCCCGUCUAGUGGCUAUGCUACGGACCGGGAGUACUUCCAGGAUCUUGCGGCGGCCUAUGUGAAGGAGUUUCGGGUGCUGUAUGACGCCGGGGUGCGGUCAAUCCAGAUCGACGAUCCAUGCUUGACCUUCUUUGUGACGGAUGAGUUUCGCGCUGGGUGUGCAGCGGACGGCGAGGACCCCGAUGCGCUGCUGGACCUGUACAUCUGGGCACAUAACCAGUGUCUGGCCGGACGCCCGUCGGACCUGCACGUUGGCAUCCACCUGUGUCGCGGCAACAUGCCACAAGGCCGGUUCGUCUCGACUGGAUCGUACGAGCGGAUUGCAGAGCAGCUGUUCCGGAAACUGGACUACGAUACCUUCUACUUGGAGUAUGACACGGAUCGGGCCGGGGAUUUCCAGCCACUGCGCCAUCUGCCUGUGGGCAAGAACGUUGUCCUGGGGCUGGUGUCCACCAAAGUGGCGGAAUUAGAAAGGCUGGAAGACCUGGAGGCACGGGUAUACGAGGCAGCGGAGGUGAUCGCCCAGGCACAAGGCCGGAGUCGUGCGGAGGUGCUGGCAACGUCCCUAGCCGUGAGCCCCCAGUGCGGGUUUGCUAGCAUGAGCUCUGGGCAUGGAGUAGGCAUGACGAUGGAGCGGAUGUGGGAGAAGCUGCAGCUGGUUCAGGCACUGGCCGGAAAGAUUUGGCCUGUCUGA